AUGCCAGAAAAAAGACUAUUAUCGAGCCAAGAUUUAACUAUUUGGAUUAAUUCUAAAACAAAACAGGAUUUAGUAGAUUUUAUUGAAACUUUAGCAAAUUCAAUCGUUGAUUAUCAAAAUUCACAAUUAUCAUUACCUUUAUCCGACUCAAUAAAUAACGCAUUCUCAUUGUUGCAAGAUAUUAGAGACAUCAUCGAAAGAUACCCCGUAGAAUCUGAUAUAGAAAGCACCAAAUCAAGGUUUGGUAAAGUCGAAUUUAAAAGUUUUUAUGAUGACAUUAAUCAAAAUUCGGAAAAGUUAAUUAAGUCUCAUUUUAAUGGUUUAGAUCCAAACCAAAUACAAGAGUUAUCCAUUUAUUUGGUAGAAUCAUGGGGGAAUAGACAACGUAUUGAUUACGGUUCUGGGCAUGAACUAAAUUUCAUAUGUUUCUUAUAUGGUCUUACAAAGUAUAAUAUAUUCAAUUUACUAGAAGAUUCUACCAAUUUAGUCUUAAAAAUUUUUAUGGAAUAUAUAAAUAUUAUGAGAAUAAUAGAAACAAAAUAUUGGUUAGAACCUGCAGGGUCCCAUGGUGUUUGGGGUCUAGAUGAUUAUCAUUUCUUACCUUUCCUAUUUGGUGCAUUUCAAUUAUCAAAACAUAAGCAUCUGAAGCCAAUCUCAAUUCAUAAUGAAGAAAUGGUUGAAAUGUUUAAAGAUAAAUAUAUGUACUUCGGCUGCAUUGAUUUUAUUAAUUCAAUAAAGACAACCGCUACGUUAAGAUGGCAUUCACCAAUGUUAGAUGAUAUUAGUGGUGUUAAAAAAUGGUCCAAAGUUUCUGAGGGUAUGAUAAAGAUGUAUAGUGCUGAAGUACUAGGUAAGUUACCAAUUAUGCAACAUUUUUAUUUUAGUGAUUUCUUACCUUGUCCUCAAGGUGUAUCACUACCGCAUAUCCAUGGUAAAGAUGGUAAUAUAGAAGAAACACAUGUCCAUUCUACUUGGGGUGAUUGUUGCGGUAUUCAAAUACCAAGCGCUAUUGCUGCAUCUGUUGCUUCAAAAUCUAGCCCAAAAAUUCAUAAGCCAAUUCCCUUUGACUAG